UUGUGUCGAUGAACAUGCCACUGAACACUGAUGGGACUGUAAUGUUCAAUGCCACUCUUUUUGCUUUAGUUAGAACUUCAUUACAUAUAAAAACAGAAGGUAAUAUUGACGAGGCCAAUGAAGAACUCCGAGCUGUGAUAAAGAAGAUAUGGAAACGAACAUCCUCAAAGCUUCUAGAUCAAGUGGUUCCACCUGCUGGAGCCGACGAUGACGUAACAGUGGGCAAGUUUUAUGCAACGUUUCUGAUUCAAGACUACUUCAGACGGUUCAAGAAGAGGAAAGAAGAAAAAGCUGCAGGAGAUGUAAAUGAUCCAAUGAAUGCUGUGGCUUUGACUGCUGGGUUGCGAACUCUCCAUGAACUUGGGCCUGAAAUACGAAGAGCAAUUUCUGGUAGUUUAGACGUUGAUGAAUUUAAUGAUGGAGUGGAUAUAGAACCAAUGCAUAGGAGGAAUCAUCCAUUUUUUGGAAUGUGGACCACCAUACGUGCCAGAUAUCCAGAAAGAAUGCGAUCACUUCACCUUGGCCCUUGUCGAUCUCAAGCUAAAAUAUCUCCGACUGAUUCAGCACUCUCCAAUUAUGCCGCAGCUAAUCCUUAUAGUAUUAACCAUAUUAAACUUCCACAAGAAAGGUACCUUAGCUCUGUUUAUGGACAAGAUUUGUCAAGUUCUCUAUCAGUAGAUGAUGUAGAACUGUGUUAUUACGGUGUAGUUUCUUCAUUACCAAGCGCUUCUGGGUCCCCUUUACCCCAUCAGCUUACCAUGCCAAUUGAAGGGUUAAUUAGCUAUGAUGCCUGCUCAGCAGGUGAAGAUAUUGAAAGUAUACCACUGAAGGCUGUACAUCAACAGCAUGCUGUUACUAACAUCAGUUCCAGUUCUGAAAGUAUAGUUCCAUCUUCUAACUUUUCUAACCAAGAAACAAUUAGUUACAAGAAAGGUCCAGUGUUAUACACAAUGCAUGAUAGAUACAGUCUUUCAUUAGGUGAUUCUGAAGACCAGGAGGGACCCCGACCUCCAACCCCUCCCCCUCGAAAGUUCAUCACUAGAGGUGGAAGUUUUCGUCUGCCUUGCCUAAACAAACAGGACAGUCAUGAGCAUCCUUUUGAUAGUGACAGACUACCUGGUCAACAACAAAAUCGUAAUAACCAAAUUGAUCAGCGGUCACUCAGUCACAUUGCUGCCUCACUAAGACUAGCUCAGCUGCCAGCAAUGGCUGUAGCUGGGAUAGCACCCGAUGGAGAAAUUGGGCAUAAAUCAGUCUUUAAAAGAAGUAGAGGUUUUCUUAGGGAAGCUUCAUAUUUCAUACCAACUCAUCGAGCCUCUUACCAUGGACGUCAGUUCCACCACUCACCGGUAAGACGAACUCUGGAAACAGAGAGGUUAUACGGUGAAAUAAUUGGCAGUGCAGAAAGUCUUGUUGGUCGGGUCCUUCACGAACAAGGUUUAGGUAAGUUUUGUGAUCCCGAGUUUGUUCGAACCACACAAAGAGAACUUGCCGAGGCUAUAAACAUGACUGACGAAGAAAUGGAUCAAGCUGCUCACGAGAUUUUGCAGGCCGAGAGAAGAAGAAGCGUUCCAUUUGUACCAUUCUCAGAUAACUUGAUGUCCGACGACUGUGAUUUAAAGGUACAGAUUGACGACUAUGGUGAGGUUAGAUCAGCAUAUACUGAUUUGAGGAACCAUGAAGUUAUAGUGGAUAUGAACUCUCUCUAUAGAACUAGAAACACUUGUAAUAACACAUCAACCAGUAACCGUUAUAUAGAAUGCGAUGAAGAUACCAAGUUAUAGUGUUGAGAGCUAUAG